CCAGCGACGAAACCAGAAGGCUGAAUAACUUUUGGAAUUUUCAGUUUCCAUUAAACUAAACUAUUGUCUCACUCUAAUUGAAAGUGUUUCAAAUCAAUUUCUUCUUUUCGACAUCGACAUCAAUUCCAUCAACAGAAUGGCAAAUACAGAAUGGAAAACGAUUUUCGUAACUGGAGGUGCCGGUUAUAUUGGUAGCCACUGUAUUAUUGAGCUUUUGGAAAAAGGAUACGAUGUAAUAUCAAUUGACAACUUUACAAAUAGUGUAAAUGAAGGAGAUGGGCAAUCGGCGGCUUUGAAAAGAGUUGAAAAAAUAACGGGAAAGAAAGUCAAAUUUUACAACUGUGAUCUUCUCGAUAAAGACAGACUCCAAGAGGUUUUCAAUAAGCAAAAAAUCGAUUGCGUUAUUCACUUUGCAGCCAUAAAAGCUGUAGGUGAAUCUAUGGAAAUUCCAUUACACUAUUAUCGAAAUAAUAUAAUUGGUGCUAUCAAUUUACUGGAGGUAAUGAAAGUUGCUGGAUGUUUUCAAUUAGUUUUCAGUAGUUCGUGUACAGUUUAUGGUGAACCAAAGAGACUCCCUAUAACAGAAGAUCAUCCAACUGGAAACAUAACAAACGUUUACGGUCGAACAAAAUAUUUUAUCGAAGAAAUGCUAAACGACAUAACAAGAGCUGAGAAAAGUUGGAAUAUAAUUUCGCUGAGAUAUUUUAAUCCAGUGGGUGCACAUUCAAGUGGUUUAAUAGGUGAAGAUCCCACAAAAAAGUAUACAAAUUUAAUGCCUUAUAUAUCACAAGUUGCAUUAGGUCUUAAGCCUGAACUUGUAAUUUUUGGUGGUGAUUAUCCUACUGAAGAUGGAACAGGUAUUCGCGAUUAUAUUCACGUUAUGGAUUUAGCAACGGGACAUGUGGCUGCUUUGACGGCUCUAUAUAAGAAACACAUGAGAUUAAGGAUAUACAAUUUAGGAACGGGUAAAGGAGUUUCAGUUCUUAAAUUAGUAAAAAUCUUUGAAAAAGUAACAGGAACAUCAGUGCCUUAUGUCAUUAAAGAGAGGCGAGAAGGAGACAUUACAUCAAUGGUUGCAGAUACAACAUUAGCCGAAGAGGAACUUGGUUGGAAAGCAAAGUUCAAUGUUGAACAAAUGUGUGAAGAUUUUUGGAGGUGGCAAUCAAUGAAUCCACACGGAUAUCGUUCAUGUAUAAAAAAUGGAAAUUCAGAAAAAUAGAUAAAAGUAAAAAUUUAUAAAAAAAUGCAACAAGUGUCAGUAUAGUAUGCCAAAAGAUAACUAAAUAUUAAAAUUUUUCUCUUCACGCAGUAAUAUUGAUAUUGUAAUCUAAUUUAUUAAAAAAAAGAAAAAAGAAAUUAAAAGUUGUUUCACUUACGGUAAUAAAAAUUCUAUUCUUGGACCUGAAA